GCAAUCGCACGGUCGCAGAUUUUAGUUCCAAUCAUAACCUCACCGAAAACGGUCGUGUGGCGGUUUUCGUUGCUCGUUGUUCGACUGAAAAGUUCUGACGGUAUCGCCGCGGAGUGUAUCCUCUUCCUUUUGGUGUCGUCUAUGAUUCUACCCGAUAUAUGCUAGCCGUCGAUGUCGUGCGACUAACGCAGCAGGGUGCGACUUGGUGCAUUGUGUGUCUUAACUGGUGGAGAUGUUCUCGGCAUGACGCAUCACUAAUGUGAGAACCGCAGAUUUUUUUGUCGUUUUCCUACUCUACUAGUUCGAUGAUUUCACGCAUCGGAUCGUGAGUUUGUUCUUAAAAGGCUUGUUUGACAUCGACCCUGACGGUUUUGACAGAAAGGAUUGACAUCGAGUGCGGGGGAAAUCCAACAAGAUAGCAGGCAGUGAGUGCUUGAAUCGAUUAGUACGUAGCAGGCUACAUAGUGAAGUGAAUCUGUGAAUUUGAGGGUUUAGUGCGUUGCGGGUUUUUUUUUCAGAGUGCAAUGGCCACCGCUACGUUAAGGCGACUGUGGCAGUUCCUGGGAUGUGGGCUGUUGUUGCCGAUGCUGAUAAUUCUACUGACUGCAGGGGAGGUUCGAACGCAACAAACUUCAUCACAGAAAUCCCAGAUACUAAACGAUGGAUCGUUCAAGUUUGGCACCAAGACGAGUUUUUCCUGCAGUGGAAGGGCCGCCGGGUACUACGCCGACGUGGAAACUGGGUGCCAAAUAUACCACAUGUGCGAUGGACUGGGUCGCCAGUUUAGCUAUUCCUGUCCCAAUACAACACUUUUCCAGCAGCGGAUGCUGAUUUGUGAUCACUGGUACAUGGUCAACUGUUCCAAAGCGGAAAGCAAUUACGCGGCUAACCUGUUGAUCGGACAACGAGACAAACCAUUCGUAGCGGAGGAUGAAAACGAGAUCAGAACUCCCAGACCAGACCUUCUCGAUCGUCCAUAUUCUGCGAGUUUUGCCGGGGAACCCAUUAUGUACAAUUUCAUCAAGACAAUCACCCAGGCACCACAAAACGCCAUAAUGUUUGACAAAAAGAUUGCCACAAAGGCUCCCUCCAGCAAGGGGAGACCUUCGGAGAUCUUUGAAGAAAGUGCCAGCAACCAUGGACUGCCAAUUCAUUGGAGUACUCGCUAUGCCAAAGAGGAUUCGGAGCAGGAGAAAGUGGAUCAACAACAAGCUUUGGAUGCUCCGGGUUCGACAGCAAUUCCGGUAAGCUCUGAAGAGGAGAAGCUUCAAAACAGUAAGAUUAACGGUCGGAGGGAUGUCACGGAAGACGAAUCGAAGGAUGAAAGCAGAAAUACUGCACGGUUUGCAUCUAGCGAGAAUCGUACCAGCAAAGUUGUUGAUCCCAGUGCAAGUGGAUUUAAUUCGAACAGAGUAAACGUGAAGGUUCCGUCUAUCAGAUACGAACCACCCUUCACACCAGAAGAGCAACCGAAAAAAGAAACAGAUAGUAAGGAAGCACUAGGAGCAGAUUUCAAACCAUUCGAAUCAAUUUUAAAUUUUAAUAAGAAAGGCAAUCGAAAAGAUUACGAUUUUUCAAAUUUGUUCACCAGAAAUGACAGCAUAAGGAAUACAGUACCGACAACACCAUCUACGGUGGUAACCACGAGGCCAACUUUACGUCCCACAUUUAGUACGACAAGAUUCAGUACUGUGGCACCAGUUACGUCUAGAUUUACGACAACUUCUCGUCAAACCAGUUUUGUCACUGACUCGACCACCACCACCACAACCACACAAAGACCAGUUUCGGUAGUUAUACCUAAUCUACAACCGCCGAAAACUAACCCCGCGCAGUUCCUGCCAAGAGCCGGUUCCGGUUUGCAGCCAUUGGUAAUUACUACAACUACUCCCAGUUCUCCAUCCAGUGAAGCUCCAACAUCAACAGCCAACCCCCGCAUCCUCUCCGAUCCACGAGAAUCGAAUCGUCCACGGACAACCAUCCUGUUCAACGCACCAGCAGCAACGGCUGGUUUGUUUGAGAAUCGUUUUGCUCUCCAAAGACCACCAGUAGUUCAAGCAACCGUACCAGUUCCAUCGUCCGUAAUCCUUCCGCCGUUUCCAAAUCUCGCCAACUACGACAACAUCAAAACUCAAUACGUCAAUCAAGCGAUUUUCACUCGCCAACCAAUCACCAACGAACCAUCAGCCGGCCCCAUCAAUAGCGGAAUCGACAAGCUGCGAGAAGAACCAGUGAUUCAGAUCCGCCAGGACAACAUCCCUCGACCGUUCAGCAUCCCAACCCCGUCAAACGAAAUCCUACCACCAAGGAAAGACUACGUCUACUACGACGAUGCCACCACUCAAGGACCUCCCAUCUACUAUCAGUGGAAGUGGUCGAUCCCGUCCUUCGGUCUGGACCCUCCCCUAGAUGCCCCACUGACCGACGAAGAGAAACUACUAUCCCAAUUAAACCCAGCAUCUCCAGAGUAUUCUUCCGACUCAAAUCGCGAACACAAUCAAACCGCGCGCUCUAUUUCAUCAGAAACUGGUAACCUCGGUGAAAAUCAACCCACCUCCAUCGCCCAGACCAACAAGCACAGGAUUCAACCACCAACACACAACUAUCUGGAACUUCGAAAAAGCCUCGCCAUUCCUGAUUUUACUUUCCCGCUGGAAAGCGAAUCUGGACCUCGGGGUACCUACGAACACGACGGAGCGGUAAACUCGUUCCAAAUAAGAAUCCCAUCCUACGCCCGAAGCAACGACAGCAGAACGGCGUGGUAUGGAGAAAACGCCAAGUGCCCUCACUGCCACCCGGCUUUCCUGAGGCCUGGCAGUUGCGAACCGUGUGUUAAAAUACGACGAUAGGUAGCGUCCCUUACUUUGCUUGACCUUCCCUCUAGCCUUCCACGCCCAUUACGCUACCAUUGUCCGUUAGCUAGCUAAGGUGCUGCUCCACUUAGUCUACCGUCCUUGUUUGCAGGCGCAAUCCUAUCUAGUUCCAUUUUAGUCCCUCCAGUAAAUGCAUUCGAUGGUUAGAGUUAAGAUUUAAUGCACUAAUCCCUGAACCAUGCGUAGAUCAUUCUGCAGAUCACGGUUUCGUCUUUAAUUUAUUUCCCUCUCCUUGUUAAUUCAAAUCAAUCCGUCCCGCUCAAAUAAUAGCUAAGCCAACAGAAUACAGCUAACUGAGACCGUGCAACUAUCUCCAGAAUGAUCUGUCCGUCCAGUAAAGCAUGGUACGCGUUUUAAUGAGUACAGAGAUUACGACAAAUUGUAAAUACACCCAAAACAUGUCAGUGAGUAUUUUGCUGAAAAAUAAAAAUAAAACCAAUGUAAGAAAAAAUA